ACACAACCAGAUGAUAGUCCGUAGUAGAUAAAACAUGGCGGUGACAUACCGUUGACGGCGUUAAUCUCGUAGCCACGCGCAUGCGCGGAAUAUUGCAUUUGACAACUCGAAGGAAAAUGGCGGACUUUUGUGCUAUUGUCGGUGUUUUAGCAUCUCUUAUGGUCGCAUCUUGGGCUGCCACUGUCCCUAGUCCAAAAUGUGACUCCCUGAAGUCACCAAUCAAUGGACUCGUGCAGUGCUCGAUAAAUGGAUCAGUAUUGACAUGCACAGGGCUUUGUAAUAAUGGAUAUGUGUUUUCAACUGGAGAUGAUUUCAUCACACGAACCUGUGAAACGGGAAUCUGGAAUGGCGGGAGCGAUCUUCCGUUAUGUGUUUCCGACACGUGCAAAAACAAACUCCUUAGUGGUGUAAACGAUAGUGAUAUCACCGCCUCUUCUGUGUGGUCAGGGGUCAAAGGUUACUAUUUUGGCUCGGAAAGGGCAAGGCUUGAUUCUGAUGUUAUAAUGGUCGGUAAUGUUGUACAGAGUGGAGGAUGGAGAGCAGCGUCCAAUACACUAGAUCAAUAUAUUCAGGUGGAACUUUCGGAGGUUAAGAGAAUUACUGGUAUCACAACCAAAGGUCGCGCUGUUCUUACCGGUGAUUCGGCAAACGAAUAUGUUACUCAGUACCGGGUUCUGUACAGUGUGGAUGGAAAGCAAUGGACACCGUACAGUUCGCAAACAGUGAGCGACCAGUUUUUAUCGGGCAACACCGACAACAAUACUCCAAAGACGAACAUACUCCUAUGUCCAUUUGAUGCAAAGUACAUCCGAAUCAAUCCCAUGGCUUGGCAUGAAAACAUCGCGCUCAGAUUCGGAAUUCUUGGCUGCACUUCAGAUGGCAGUAAACCGAUGUGUUUAACCCCCACCCGACCACCAGUCGCUGCCUGGACUACACCAGAAUUGUUAUCACCUACUCAACAACCGCCGGCAACACCGCCUAUAGCCAUUCGAACGACCGUAGCACCUAGAGUAGACUUGUGCACAGCGAUUCCACCACCAGCAAAUGGUAUGGUAGGCUGUGAAUCACAAGGCAAUGGAACGCAACUAGUUUGUGUUGCAAAUUGUAAGGAUGGUUAUAUAUUUGACACAAACACGUUGUUGAUAAAGAAAGUUUGUGAGCAAAGUACAGGAGUAUGGACAUCUGGAUCAGGUCUGCCGACUUGUAUAUUCAACAGUAAUGCAUCGCCCCGACCACCACUCCAUAACAACCAUCAUGGGUGCUUGACAGCAAAAAAGGACUGUGAUAUCGUCGGAAAUGGCGACUUUCAUGCUUGUGGUGGCUGUCAUUUUUUCGCCUCAUGCUCAGAAGGAUAUUUGUCUGUGCGCGCAUGUCCGGAAGCUCUUUUAUUUGACGCUGUUUCCGGUCUGUGUGACUACCAUUCAAGAUCGUGCCCAGAGUCUAUAGUUGGAUGAUGCCAUUUUAAUUGUUAGAUGAUUUUAGAAUAAGAUUAUGCUAAUAAGAUUUGGGAUAACAAGAAAUGCUUAACAUUCUUCCGAACAGACUUGUCAUUCAUAUGCAAGGAAUUGUGUUCAAAUCAGCACAGAACUUUGGGGGUAACUAAUGUUCCAUUUAAACAUGGUCAUUUGAAACAAAAACUAACAGAUCUCGGCUCACAACAUGUAGAAAUGAAGUGGAUUUUGUUAAAAUAUAAAAGUUUUAAGUCUUACAAAUAUGAGUCAUUCAAUUUACAGUGAUGAAAGUCGGUAUUAGUAAACCCUUUGUGAGAAUGGCAAUUCAAUGUAUCUAAAAGGCAUUUGGCUACAACAUUAUAUGACUUAUGUGUCCCUGAACUUUUUCAGUGUUUUACAUCUUUAUAUUACGUUUGCACUGCAGUCAAACUACAGUUAAUUUGUAAUAAACAAAUGGCAUGUUGAACAUAUAGAAAUGUUAAUUUCCUUUUGUAAACCGUGCAUUCCUUUCAGCAAACUCGUUUCAAGCAGAGAAUCCUAUUUACUGAAUUCAGUUACUUCAAAAACUGUUCAACAGCAUGUUCUGACGUUUUUCUAAGAUAAGCUUAAAUUGUCACAGACUGCAUACUAAUAACGGGUUACACAACGUUUUUGUGUUCAUUAUCACGAUUGUGGUUAACAUUAUCAUAUUAUAACCAGUCAUUGUAUGUAAUAUGUUUUAGAUGU